AUGGAGGCCGAAACUCGAUAUGCACAAAUUGAGAAGGAGCUGCUUUCUGCCACAUUUGCAUGUAGAAAGUUCCAUGAUUUCAUCUAUGGUCGGCAAGCUUCUAUCGAGACCAAUCACAAGCCUCUCACAGCAAAUGUAAACAAGCCUCUUCAUUCAGCCCCUGCUCGUCUUCAGCAUAUGCUUUUGCAGCUUAAGAAGUAUGAUUUGAAGUUUGUCUACAAGAAAGGGAUUGAACUUUGUGUCGCAGACAUGUUGUCAUGCUCCUACAUCGACCAGAAAUCUGAUCCAGACGUGGAUGAGCAGGUUGAAAUCCUCUCCCUUACAUCAAUUUCUCCAGCACGUAUGACUGAACUUCAGAAACACCCUCUUGCAGAUCCUGUAAUGCAGAAAGUUACCCAUUUCAUUUCUAAUGGCUGGCCAGCAAAGUCCAAGAGUGUACCCCCAGAGGCACAGCCUUACUUUCCAAUCAGAGAUGAGCUUAUCAUGGACCAUGGAGUCAUCUUGAAAGGCCUGAGAGUUGUGGUUCCACAGACAUUGCGUGAGGAGUACUUUAGGCAACUCCACAAGGGGCAUCCUGGAAUGGAUGCUACAAAGAGGAGAGCAAGAGAAACCAUGUAUUGGCCUUCUUUGAUGCUCGAUAUCGAUUCUGACAUAGCGUCUUGCCAGCCUUGCAACAGUGCUCAACCCACCAGCAGAAAGAACCGGUUGUCAUUCACCCUGUUCCAGGCCUCCUUGGUCCUCUGUGAGCACAGACAUAUUUAA